AAUUAUAUAUGUCGUCCGUCGUGUGUAUUUUCCACCAUAGGCACCCCCACCGAAAUAAUGACGAAAGAGUGCAUGCAUACUUGUCCACAUCUUUUUUGCUAGUUGCUAUUGACGUAUAACUCCACUUCUCCCAACACACCCCAUCCAUCUUUCUAUAAGCAAAGAUAAAUCACCUUGAGAGCAAUCUCAUAUAAUCAAAAAAAUAAACACCGAACAAAACUCUUCUGUAUAGAGAAAUUGAAAUCAUGGGUGCCAUUAGUUUCUUGGACACCAUAUUAGUCCCUUUGAGUCUCUUUAUCACAAUUGGUUACCAUGCCUAUCUUUGGCAUCACUUGAAGCAUAAGCCUUCUCACACCACCAUUGGUAUGAACAUGCUCAAGAGGAGAUCUUGGCUGCGUGAGCUCAAUCAAGGAAGCGAAAAGAAAGGCACGUUGGCUGUACAAAGUUUGAGAAAUGCUUUAAUGGAGACAAUGCUCACAGCUACAGUCACAAUUCUCAUCAUUUUAGCAAUGGCAGCAUUGACGAAUAAUACUUUAAAAGUGAGCAACCUCUUUACUAGUGCUUUCUUUGGGACACAGACAGGGAAGACAAUUGUACUAAAAUAUGGAUCAGCAUCAAUUUUCUUGGUGGCUAGCUUCUUGUGUAGCUCUAUGGCACUUGGUUUCUUAAUAGAUGCUAAUUUCAUGGUGAAUGCAUUGGGGGAAUUCUCUAUAAAUCCAAGGCAUACAGAGACCAUAUUUGAAAGAGGAUUUACAUUGGCUUUUGUUGGGGACAGGGUGCUCUGUAUGACAUUUCCUCUUUUGUUCUGGAUGUUGGGCCCUGUUCCUGCCGUUGUGUCUUCGCUUGCUUUGGUUUGGGGUCUGCGCGAGCGUGAUUUUGCUGGAAAUUUGUCAAGAACUAUGAGUAAGAGUUGCACUUGAAGGAAAGAAAAAAUAUGCUAGUUGUUACUAAUAUUAGCGUAUGUCGAUCUUCAUGAUCAAUAUUGAUUUGCUGAAAUAUAAUUAAAAAUUACUUUAUAUUGUUGUCUCUGUUGGCUUUAGUUUGGAGUGUGUGCGGACAUAAUUUUACUGAAAAUUUGUUAAUAUCUAUGAAUAAGAGUUGUACCUGGAGGAGAAAAAACUAUAGCAGUUGUUACUAAUAUUAGCAUAUAUUGAUCUUCAUGAU